GCAUUAAAUCGAACACCUACUUGUAAUCCUCUGAGAGGCAGAAGUUAGUCCAUAAGAGAGAGAGUGUGCGAAAGAGACAGGAAGAGAGGCCUGCGAGUGGCCUUGACGGUAACCCAUGAGUGGGUCUUCGACAUGGCGAGAUACCACCGCAGCAAGGGCCGCUGUCUCCUCCCCUUUUUCUGCAGCCUCUCAUUUUCCCUCAACCUAUUGGUCAGUGGUCUCUGAAACUCCCACCGACGGACCCAAUCGGAGCUGCGAGGAGGAGGGAGGAAAUCCAGCUCUCAUCCCUCGUCGAACUUGAGAUUGGUGAGUUCCCCCUCUUCCUUUUCCUUCUUCUUUUGUUAAUGUCUUUUUCUCCUUGUUAGGGUUUCUUGUAGGGCUUCACUUAAUUUGGAAACAGAUGCAAUGUCUUUUUCUUUCCAUAUUGACGUACUUUUUUGGAUCGAGGUGAUCCUCGGUUCACCAUCUCGCUGUAGGAGGAGGAGGAGGAGGCGAGGAGGUGAGAUCGGAGAGGGAUGGCGAGGGAAAAGAUACAGAUAAAGAAGAUCAGCAACGCGACGGCGAGGCAGGUCACGUUCUCGAAGCGUCGAAGGGGGUUGUUCAAGAAGGCGGAGGAGCUAUCGAUCCUGUGCGAUGCGGAGGUAGCGCUCAUCGUCUUCUCCUCCACAGGCAAGCUAUUUGAGUUCUCCAGCUCCAGCAUGAAGGAAAUACUCGAAAAGCAUACCACACACUCGAAGAAUUUGGAGAAAGCAGAAGCACCAUUGAUAGACUUAAACUUAGAUGAUAGCAACUAUACAAGCCUGAGCAAUCAAAUUGCAGAUGCAAGCCUUCAAUUAAGGCAGAUGAGAGGGGAAGAGCUUCAAGGGUUGACGAUCCACGAGCUGCUGCAGCUGGAGAAAACCCUCGAAGAGGGAUUAAGAAAGGUCCUGGAAACAAAGGGUCAACAUAUCAUGGAGCAGAUCAAUGAUCUUCAAGAAAAGGGGAAGAAGCUGAUGGAAGACAAUGAGAGACUGAGGAAGCAAGUAGUAAUUAUGGCCAGGGAGGAGAAACAGCUCGUGACUGAAUCAGAAAACAUCACAUAUGAAGAUGGGCAGUCGUCUGAAUCAGUUUCUAAUGCUCUGCAGUUAAGAAUGCCUCAGGAUACUGAUGAUAACUCUCACACUACACUGCAACUAGGGUUGCCAGUGUCAAAGUGGCUGUGACCGUGAGAGUUCUCUGGACAUAGAGCUGCAGGAUUAUAGUUGUCGUGGAUAUGUGCACUCCUAUAUGAUGAAUGAGUAUAUAACAUAACGUUUCCUGCUAACUACGCUGUGGUAAACAACUCCUAAAAGUAUAUGAGCAGUCUCUUGUGUGAUUGAUGACAUCACUGAGCAUUCAAUAAUCUUAGUUGGCUUUGAUGUUUCCAUUACCAAAA